UCGUUUAAUGAGUCCCCACGCUCUGCCUGCGCGUUGCGGGUGCGCACGCCGCCGAACGUCCCCUCAUCCGUGCGCGCCGGUGUUUUCAGCGGGACGUGCCGCGGCGCCGCGAUGCCCGAGGUGAGCACGGACGGGCUGGACGAGCAGCAGGUGCAGCUGCUGGCCGAGCGCUGCAUCCUCAUCGACGACAACGACCGCGCCGUGGGCGCCGACACCAAGAAGAACUGCCACCUGAACGAGAACAUCGACAAAGGAUUGUUGCACCGAGCAUUCAGUGUUUUCUUAUUCAACACAGAAAAUAAGCUGUUGUUGCAGCAGAGAUCACACGCUAAAAUCACUUUUCCAGAUUGUUUUACCAACACGUGUUGCAGCCAUCCACUAAGCCAUCCCCUGGAACUGGAAGAAAAUGAUGCCAUUGGUGUUCGGAGAGCAGCACAGAGAAGACUGAAAGCAGAAUUAGGAAUUCCCUUGGAGCAGGUUACACCAGAGGAAAUCUCUUACCUGACACGAAUUCACUACAAGGCCAAGUCGGAUGGGAUUUGGGGUGAACAUGAAAUAGACUACAUCUUAUUUGUGCAGAAGGAUGUGACACUGAAUCCUGACCCUAACGAAAUCCAGAGCUACUGUUACGUGACACAGAAGGAACUGAAACAGCUGUUGGACAAAGCCUCCAAGGAUGAAAUUAAGAUUACUCCGUGGUUUAAGCUAAUUGCAGAGACCUUUCUUUUUAAGUGGUGGGAUAACUUGGAUAACUUGAAUAAAUUUGUGGAUCAUGAAAGAAUACACAGAAUGUAGGCAGUCAGCAGCGGGAGGUGCUGGAGGCUGCCCGGGAGGUGCUGUCUCACUAGCUGUGUGGUGACUCUCACUCAAGUGCUAACAAAUGAAUACUUAACUUUAUCCAGAAAUGGUUGUGGUGGAUUUUUUUUUCCUCCUUCCCCCCCUCAAAUGCCCUCCCCAUUUGCCCUGUGUGACUUUAACUUGCUGUUAUUUAAGAAAAGCAAUGGCAACAUAGGAAGCUUCCUGGCUUUGCCUUUCACCAUAACCCUCACCAGGGCUGUGGAAGAAUGGUCAAGCUGUGCAAGAUGUGUGCAUCCAGUUUGCUCUUGUUUCCUUCUGUAAGAGAAGUUAGACAUCACCUGAGCAGCUCCUUCAGUAGAGAGAGUAUCUGUUCUGCUUCACACAGGGCUUAAACUCUUCCUUUUUGGUUAAGUAACAGCUAGUUUUCUGAACAUCUUUAAUUAGAAACUAAUGGUUCGUUACUCCAAAUGCAAGUACUAGAUAACCUGACAUGAGGCAGGUUCUUUGCAGGAGGGUUGUGCUGCACAUGGCACCUCUCCAGCUCCUGGAAAAUUGGACAUCUUGAUGAAAGUUUUUCUGUUGCAGUUACCUACUGAGACCCUUUCUGAAGUCCCUGACAACUCAAACCUGUGACUUAAAUAGUUGUUCAAACCCCAAAAUUCAAGUUUGAGAGUUCAUGGCAUUACACGAAAUCUUAGUUUUAGCUAAUGAGAAAUUCUAUUUGAGUGUUUGAGCUACUGCUUUUUGAGCUUGCAGUUGCUUACUGGUUAACAGAGUAGGGUUGUGUUUUGCUCUGUUUUUGUUGCUGUUUUUAAUUAGACAGUGGCUAAUGAAAGCAUUAUUUCAGUCUGAACUUACAUAGUUCCUGUUUUCCUCCCUGAAAGCUUUAAUGAUGUCUUCUGAUAGCAGACUAUUCAAAAACCUGUAUUCCUUUCUGGUUAAUCUCUACCAGAGAUUUUCUAGUAAAAUUAGAUGUUAAUCAGUUCUCCCUGUGCAUGAAACAGGAUUGUAACAAAACUGUACCUGGUUGUAUGAUAAAAGUAGAUUUUUCAGAUUCUUUUUCUCAAAACAAUUACAACUGCAGCAUUGAAGUUAUU